CAGCAUGCCAAGACUCCCGCCUAAAAUACUCAUGUAGGUACCUAAAGCGAAAACUGUUCAGAAAAACUUCUAAACGUUGUAUUUCUAAUGUUAUCCUUUGAUAGGAAAACAUAGAGCGCACGCCACUGGUACGCUCAGACGAGUUUUUCAUUAUGAAAAAAGAUAACGACAAGCAAAAACUUCGAAAGCUCGCCAAAGCUUAGUUUAAUGAAUAUGAACGUAAAUCAAUAAGCUCAAAAUGUUAAUUUCUAUAUUUUUUGUGAUUUUUCUCAAAUUAGAUUUCAGUUCUCAAGGCGUAAUUCCAUUUAGCUCUUACAUUACCGAAUUGACUGAUAAUCUGAUAGCGAAUCUCCGAGCUGAUCCGUCUCUAAAUGGUGAAUCAUCAUCGUCGGAAUUAUCCGAAACUUCCAAAGAAUUCAUCGACAAACACAUCGAACAAUACAAACGGCUCGUGCUAACUUCUCAGCAAAAGGAGUUUUAUAGAUCAAAGAGGAGUUUGGAUACCGGCUCUGGGGAGGAUGACGGAAGCGAGAGAGAGGAUAGAGUUACAGAGCUGCUGCCGUAUACAAAUAUAUCUUUAUCGCCUUCAAAAGAUGUAAUAUUUUUCCAGCAGAAUUCUCAAUGGUAUCUGGUAUCUUUAGAGACAACCAAUUUAAUCUCAGAUCUUAUGAGAAUUAUGAGAUAUCAGAAUGGUAUCGUUACCUCUAUCAUGGAAGUUAAAAUCCACAAUGGAGAAAGGGUAGCUACGUUCAAUCUGGGAAACAGAACGUUACUAGUCGUAGCUGAGAAUUCACGUGGAGCUAAUCAGGCUACAAACAUCUAUGAGUUCGACUUAAAUGAAGAUUUGAGGCGAAUCCAGCAGUUAGAAGGGGUUGGUUAUACAGAUGUCACCAUAUGGGAGGACAACACGAACGUAUUUAUGUCGCUUGUCGGAUUUAUGGGGAGCUCAGCCGUUUCUACUUCUUCUAUUUCUCGGCUGUACAAGUGGCGCGGCAGGCAUUUUGAUAUCCUGCAGGACAUCCGUGCAGGGGCCACGAGGGUAUCGCCGUUUUCUAUUGGAGAUUCGGCGUUUAUUGGAGUUGCCUACGCUAUAAAUGAAGAUGGUGAGGAAAACGACGACGUCUAUUCGGAGAUAUUGAAAUACAACGUGAACACCGACAAGUAUGAGCUCUUCCAGAAGAUAUUGACGUACGGCUGCGAAGAUAUCAAAUACUUCGAGAUUGAUAUCGAGGAUGAGGAGGAGGAAAGACACAUCGAGAGUUUCCUCGUCGUUGCCAAUUUAUAUCACGAAGAUACCAUUCAGCACGGAAGGUUACCGAAGCCCUCGAUUAUAUAUAAAUACAUGGACAAUUACUUUUAUCCUUUUCAAAGUAUUUACCAAAACGGAGUUGUACAAUGGGAACCGAUUCAGGAUGUCUACGGAACUUCGUUGUUAUUAGGAUUAACUACAAAUGGUAUUACAUCGUACCAAUAUGAUGGUUGGCAUUUUGUAAAAACGUCUAUCAAGUUCAAAGACGAUACUGCCCAGAAAAAUAUGUCCAAUUUUCAGACGAUACAUGGCUUUAAAGUAGCAGAGAAGAACGUUUUAGUUGCAGCUAGUACAACAGAACACGAAACCAAGAUAUUUGAAAUUAGAAUUCCAACAAGUAAUGAAGUAAAAGAAAUGCACGAUCAAUUGUUUAAUUGGUGUGUAGAUAAAAUGAAAGCUUUUGAUGAAGGAGACGAUAAUGUUCUAGGAAAUGUUCGAGAAGAUAAUGUACCAGGGACAGCCUCCCAAACAAGAAAAACUGAUCUAAACGAUCUGAUAACACAACUAAAAGAACAACGAUCCAAACUUACAAUAAUUGAAGAACAAUUACAAAACUCACUACAAUCAUCAGGAAAUCAUACUUUGGACUAUGACUUAAGCGUAAAAACAAUAGCCUCGAACUCUACAGUUGAAUGCGAUGAAAUAAUUGUCGACAGCAUUAACAAAAUCGAUAUAAACAAACUAUUAAACAACACGUUGGACAUAAACGACGAUUUUGAGCUUGAUUCUGAUAUAAAAGUAGAUAUAGUUACAUUCAAAUCCACUGUACUUGCAGUGACAUUCAACAACCAUCCCACUGAUAGUAUUGUCUAUACAAAUUUAAAUCAAAGUCUUCACAAUUUGGUCAUAAAUGGAACCGUAACGUUUAAGGAUGAUGUUAAGAUUAAAAACACUCUCAAUAACAUAACAAUAAGUCAAGAUACGAUACUUCUGAAAAAUGAAGAUCAAAAUUUCGAUAACUUGAGAGCCAGUGCAGUAAGCGCAGAUAGGAUACAAGCAAAAGCGAUGAAUGGUAGACAAAUAGAAAAAAUUAAUGAUACAGAAACAACUACGGCGGCAAUAGAUACUACAAUCUCAAACGAACCCACAACUACCAUCCCCACAACAACUGCCCUCCCGAAGAACACAGUCAAGAAAAUGAAAACAUUGAAAGCCAGAAAUUUGAUAGUGGAUGGACUCAUCAACGAUGUAGAAAUGUCUGUUCUCGAAAAAUACGCCCUAAAGAAAGUCGGGAGGCAAAAUAUUACGGGUCAGUUUUUCUUCGAUAAGAUUGUGACGGAGCAACUUAGUACAGAAUGGCUGACAAAUUCUAAGAUACCAGAUGCCUUGAUAACAAUCAACAGCCCAACCAUUGAGCUUGAAAAAGCAGUUUUUACCCAAAAACUCAAAGUGAAGGAUCUGUUAGUAACACGAAACAUGAAUGGUCUGCAAGUGAACAGAGGCGGUGAGCUUCAAGUUCUAUACAAGAAUGUAUCAGAAGUCCAGCAGAUCAACGGCGAAAAAACCUUCGAUAAUCUCGUACUGUUAAGUCCUCCAGAACUACGUGGCAAGAAAAUGGGCAAAGCGUUUGAUAGAUUCAAUGCAAUAUUGAACGUGACGAAAGAUUUAACUUUAAACAAGACUAUAACGUUAACUGGACCUGUUAUUGUGGAGAGACAUCUAAAAUCCCAAGAUAUUAUUUAUAGAGAGGGUGGAAUUAAUGAAAGAAUAGAUCUUUCUGAAGUAAGUACGAAGCAAACAACUGGAAAAGCUGCAACGGAAAAUACCACAUCUUUAGACUUCGGCAGUACCCAGCAAAAAGACUUCGUCAUACUACAAAAUGGUAGUUCACAUAAACCAGAAGAUAUUCACCGAUUAAACACUGACCCAAAACUAGAAUCUCUUUUAAGGGUAAUACGACAAGGUAUUAAGUUAACAGAUGACAAAAUCGAUGGUACUAUCGAUCUUCGACUACCAUUGAAUGUAAAAGAAGUUGAGGCAGGUCACAUCAAUGGUUUGGAUGCCCAUACAUUUAUUGUGCAAGGAUCUAAUAAAACUGUGGAGAUCAAGGGAUGGAAUACAUUUGAAGGAGAUUUAACGCUUGACGGUGAUACUCAUAUAAUAAAUAUAAAUGGUGUUAAAGCCCAAGAUUUGGAAAAUAACUUUCUCACGGUACAUACAGAUCAAACCAUCAAAGGAAAACACCACAUUAAGCACGUUAUAAUCAACAAAAGCCUAAAAGUUAAUGAUACAAUAAAAUUGGGAAAACACUCCUGGGCCGACGUAGUCAGUGUUGGUGGCAACCAAACCAUCGAAGGAACUCUCACAGUACAAGAUGUUACAGCUACAUCAGUAUCAGUAAAAAAUCUCCAAACCCACGGAAAAAUUAACGGCCUUAAUAUAUCAUCUAUGCUCAAAGACUUAGUACCAAUCGAGGGCGACGUGAAGGUACUUGGCACCAAAACUUUCGAGACCAUCAAUAUAACGCACUUGCUUCUGGACAACAAUUUCGAUCUUAACCAACACAUCAAAGAUCUUAAAUCAAAGAAUUUGGUUCUAAACAACGUCGAUAACUUAGAUGCCGUUACAGCAGAAAAAGUUUAUUUUGGUGAAAGCUGCAAUGGCCUGCCAAAAGAGAAAUUUGAAAACUCUAAAGAAUCAGAAAAUGGUACCAUAAAUGUCGACGAUGAAGAUGAGUUUGAUACUAUUACUGUUCUUGGUACGGUUUUUGUGGAGAAUAAUCAUAUAAACCAUGUCGACAUGGACGACUUUGAGGAAAAUACCGUAAAAAUCGAUGAACCUUUCAAGUUCAACAAUGCAGAUUUUGGCAAACAAAUGGUUGUUUUACCAUCGGUUACCAUUCAUGGACAAAUUGAGAACCUAGAUCUUGACAACAUCUUCGAGAAUGGAAAAAACGAAACUCAAACACUUUUGGAUAAAAUAAUUUUUGAUAAUGUUAUCUUCAUCAAUGGUACUGCAAACAUCAAAGACACACUUAACGGGGUUAACAUGACAGAUCUUUGUGGAAUACUUUCAACUGCAAAAGAACCAAAGACGUUGGUUGUUGAAGGUAAUGUGCACUUCGUAAAGGGCCCGAAGAUUCAAGAGUUCAACGACAAAGAUGCCAGAGAUCUGGACCAAACCAUCUGGUUUACUGAUAGCGCAGCUGUAUUAACUGGUCACCUUAGUCUUAAUGGAAAUGUUACCGCCAGAGAUUCCAUAACAGUCGGUGGUCUCCUAAACGAUAUCAAUCUUGAACACAUCGCCAAAAACUACCUUAGCAAGACCAAGUAUCAGAAAAUUGUAGCCCGUAUUAAUAUAGACAACACUACGAUCUUCACAAGCGAACUGGUGACCCCAGUGGUUGUCGUGAAAGGGCUAAUUAACGACAUAAAACUGGAUCAGUUUCUGAACUCCAGACUCCUACACAGACCUCAGUUGCUCGAAGAGUUGGUUUAUAUCGAAGAAGUAACAACAAAUCAGUUGGAAGGAAAUUAUCUCGUGAACAAAUUGAAUCUAGACACAGAGGUGAUGAGAUACGACAGGCGAAAUGUGAUUACGGGCACCAAGACGUUCAGCAACCUCGACGUCGACGUCCUCAGUCCAGAAAGGAAAGCGUCGGCUGCGAUGAAGACGCCGGCAUCCCGGGUGCAGGAUGUGGAUAUCGGCCAAUGGAUGGAGACGAUUGUCUUAAAUAGUGGAGGGUAUAAGAUCAACGGUAGGAAGAGAUUUAGGGUUAUCGAAACUAAGGAUAGUACAAGUUUGAGAGGUACUUUCAAUGGUCAACAGUUAGAUAGGCACACCAUAAUGAUGAGGAACACAGAUCAGAACAUCACAGGAGUAAAGAUUUUCACCCCCGCUAAAAACAAGGAAGUUUAUUUCAAAGGACUGAAAGUGAAAGGUCGUGUCAAUGGCGAAGAUUUCGAGGAACUGAUUCAUAAUCAGGCCUACAAAAAUAGAGAAAACGUAUUCAACACACCCCUGAAAUUCUGCAACAACAUAACAGCAAGAAACGUCAUAUUCGAGAAGAGGUAUUCAAAUAUCGAUGUACCUGAACUACUAAAUAACAUCACAACACUAGGAACGCUAAACCACAUCAAAGAUAAGUACAAGAGUUUACAAAAUAUGACUGAACAAGUAGAGACGUCACUAAAGGGCCAAGCAUAUUUCCUGGACUACUACAAACCAGCUCUACUAAGUUUCGACAUCGCAGAUCUCAUACCGCUAACCUGUACUACUGGAGAACAGAGGAUAGUGAGUUUUAGAAAUGAAAGUGGUAUCAGCAUAGUGAAAUUUCUGGAAUGGGAUGAAAAACUAGAGAUGUUCGUCAACGCAAGCGCUGAUAGAAGUAUGGGAAGAUACCCGAAUUAUAUUAACGAAUUUUUCAUCGAUAAUUCUGACAAAAUUUAUUUAGAACAGAAGAUGCCGCAGCCGCAAGAAGAUAGCACACAUAUAGGAACAUUCAUGACGUGCAGAAACGGAUCAGUUGUUACCGCUGCUGAAUUUUUUACAAGAGGAACGAUAGUGGACAUGUCUUUCCAACUGAAGUCUCAGGAGACUUGGUGUAUACUCUUUGUAGACUCCAGGUUCGACAUCAACAUUAAUUGUAGAGGAAAGGAUAAAAAAUUUGAACCAAAACAAAUAAUUAAGAAUAAUUCUCCAGUUUUGGCUUCUGUUGUCCAAACCAAUGAUCACCUCUUCUUAGUAACCGUCCAUAAGGACGUCGAAAACAAAACUUCAGUCUGGACACUCAACAAAGACAACCAGUUCGAAGUUUUCCAAAGGUUCCACGAUGGUAAUCCUAUCGGUAUAUCUACGCUUGCGACGGAUCAGGAUAUAUUUGUAGCCAUCGCUUACGAGCAUUUGCCCAAGACAAAAGACUUCGGAAAAGUUAUAAUAAGAAGGUUCGACAACACCCGAAACUCAUUCCUACUCUUCCAAACUAUCCAGAUUCCACUACCUACCAAAGUCCAACUGUUCCUUCUCCCUUCCAAAGAAAUUGUACUCUACGUCGUCACCGAAAAUCCAUCAGAGCCACUGGCGGGCUACCUCUAUAACGGAGUAGAAGGGUUCAAGAAGAAAAUUGGAAGUACUGCAAUUCCAAAGGUUAAAGAUAUCAGAGCCUUUUCGUAUAGAAAUCAACAUUUUGUCGUUAUGCAGCACGCCAAAGACGUUAGCGUGCUUCAAGGAGUUUUUAAAGGAACUAAGAUUGAUAAUUAAACUUUAAAAUGCCCAAUUGGGAAAACAAAUAUACAGUGCCGGCAAAAAAUCUUUAUAGAGUAAAUAAAACAGCCUUGUAGUCGAUGACAAACUGCAUUCUCUUGGGGAUGGAUUGAGCAAGGUUCAAGAAAUAUGCUUCCAUGGCUACCUACGACCUCUUUAACUUCUUCUUCAGCUAAUUUAUAUUGCUCAGUCGACUCUCUUGAAUCUUAUUUUUCAUAAUAUUCGAGGCUUUCUCCAUGGGAUUAAGGUCGGGCGAGUUACUCGGCCAUUCCAAUACGUUGAUAUUGUGAUGAUUCAAGAACUCAAUCACUGUCUUGGCCUUAUGAAGUCCCAUUCGUGAAUUUCCCAAAAGUUCAAUAAAUGUUGUUCUAGCAUAGUCACAUAGUUUCUGUCCCUCAUUGUAACAUUCUUAGGUAAGAAAUACAACCCUGCUCUUCCUUUGUUUCCACUAAACGCACCCCUUACCAUUAUGCUUUCAGGAGAUUUGACGGUUUUAACUGUGAACUUUGGAUCGUACCUUGACGCGGUGAGUACACGACGAACAAAUUUGGAGCUCCUUGUUACUAACCUGAACGUACUUUUGUCACUGAAACUAACCUUUUUCAGUUGUCCAGUGCUGAUACUUUUUCCAGAAAGCUAAUCUUUUUUCCUUCAUUGCUUUUGUAAGCCAGAUCUUCUUUGCAGCAAUUGUCUACUUGGCAAUGUUAGAUCUUUCUGAAGCCGGUGGCGAAUCUUUCUUGUUCAAACGUUCUGAAGAAGAUCAGGAUAUUUAGUUUCGAGUUCCUUGGUAGUUAUGGAAUUGUUUAACAUUACUGAAAGCCUGGUGAUGGUGUCAGUCCUGGAUGAUGAUUUUUUUAGGAACGCCAGGACCAGGAUCUAUUUCUGGAACAGUUCCUGAAGGCAACGACGCAGCCGACCGUUUCUAUUGACACAUUUCCUCUCUUGAAAUACGAAUAUCAUGUGCUAUGGUAAUUACAGACUCACCUUUCUCAAGUAACGUUAAAGCACGAUCUUUUGUUUUCAUUUGUCAGUUUCUUUCAACCCUAUUUUAACUUCAAUUUAGAAUUUCAUAUCUUAAACUUUACUCAAUAAGUUAAAAGAAGUUUAAAUUUGACGACUCGCACAAAACCAACUGCAUGUAGAUUAUAAACGCUCAGAACAAACCAAAGAAACUAAGCGGCCAGUAAACGACAGUUUUUUUGCCGGCACUGUAUAAUAUAAAAUACCGAUACUGUUGUGCAAAAUUCCUUUUGUUAUAUUGUUCGUUUUGUCUUGUAAGUAAAUGUGCAUUUAGAAUAUUUUCUGCUGGUUACUGAACCACAUCGCUUCACUACUUUAUUUUGUAUACAAGAUGCCCUUAUUAAAUGCCGAUGUUGUUUCAGAACUUAUCAUGCCUUUUUAAACAUAAUACAUACUUAUACAUAACAAUAUAGAGUUAUGUUCUUUGAGAAAAAAUAUAGGUAUUAUACUUUUUUAUUAUAUGUUUGAUCUUUCAUUUUGAUAUGAGUUAUUUAAUAUUUCAUCAAUAUGUAAUUAAAAUUCUAUAAAAAAUAUCAUUAACGGGCAUAUUGUAAUUGUUUUUAAUUGUGUAUUGUGUUAAUAAGUUAUAAAUUUGUUUGUUACAUAUGUUAUUGAAAGUUUACAUGUAUUAUUUAAAGCAUUA